AGCUCGGACGACGGAUGGAUGGUGGAGAGGAAUCUCCACAGGCGAUCCACAUUGCCCGCCUGCAGGAGGGCCUCGCACAGACACGAGACCUGCUCCGUGGAAAAACUCACCGCGGACAGCUGGAAAGUUUGGAGCAGGCGUUCGGCGACUUGCUCCGCGUCUUUCUCGUCUUCCGCAGCGUGGAGGCGAGCGUGACAACCAGGACGAGGACGCGCCCCUUUUCGCCCCUCAACAAGCCCAGAAAAACAUCUGUAUCCAAGCUGUUAAGAAGAUGGAUGGUUCAAUAAGUGUUGUUACCAAUCCCUCCGUUAAUGUGCGCCUUACGACCACCAUAUCCUCCUUCGAGGUGAAGAGGAGAUUUGAUAGAGGGAUCACCAUUGCAGAACUGAAGGGAAAACUGGAGAUGGUGGUGGGUGCUCCCCCGUCCAGCAUGGAUCUGGAGUUGUUUAGCACGUCGGACAAGUUGUUACAGAUGCUGGACGACGACAACGCUUUGCUGGGCUCUUAUCCCGUGGAUGAUGACUGCAGAAUACAUGUUAUUGAUCGAAGUGGGGGCCAGUUAGGAGAGUUUACUGAUGUCACCAAAGUGGAAAAGUUCGUUCUGUCGGACGAGGCUUAUGAAAAGAGAUCAGAGUCAGCAAGGUCCUUCAUGAAGAAACAGUCCCUCGGCCGUUACAAUGAGGAGGAAAGGGCCAAGAAGAAAGCCGACAACAUCGCUCGGGAGGAGGAGCAGGAGGCGGCUGCUGACGCCAUUUUCGUGGGCAGCCGAUGCCAAGUGCGAGUGCCUGGGCAGCCCACAAAGCUUGGCACGGUCAUGUAUGUUGGCACAACAGAUUUCAAGCCAGGCCAUUGGGUGGGCGUCAAAUAUGACGAGCCACUGGGAAAAAAUGAUGGCAGUUGCGAGGGCAAGCGCUACUUUGAGUGUGAGAAGAACUACGGGGUGUUCGUGAAGCCACUCCAUGUGACUGUGGGAGACUUCCCAGAGGAGGAUUACGGUUUAGAUGAAAUGUAGUACUGCGAGAUGUGAGAUGAAGACAUUGUCGAUUUAUUUGGGUUUUUUCAAGAAGGCAUGAACCACAAACAGUGACGUUUGAGUUUUUUUAAGCUUCAACUCCCUCAUAUUCAUGCCAAUGCAGCAGAAAUAAUGGAUGCCUAUACUGUACAUUCUUGGUUAUGCAGGCUGUGGUUGUGCACUGAAUUUUCAUUUGACUCCCAUGUGUACUUCAGCUGUACCUGUUAAAUCACAUCAUUUAAAUACUAACCUAGUUUUCUUAUCCUUUGCUUCAUAGCAGUGUGUAUAAACCAUGUGUCCUUUACAUACAGUAUAUGCAAACGUGCGUGCACCAAAGGAAGAUAUUCCUUUCCAAACAAGGUUUGUGUGUGUGCAAUUCUGCAUACAUCAAGUCUCCAUGUAGAUAGAUUCUGUAUGUCGUCUUAUUUUUAUAUUAAUGAAUUCCUCUCAUUGAAAAUGUUUGCACUCUCAACAUGUUGUGUUGUUAUUGAACCCCUGAAAUUUAACUCUUAAUAGUAUUUGGCAUCAAAAGUGUCACCGUACAACUACCCCCAAGAUGAAAUUUAACCGAAUAAUUAGUGCAUGCUUGUUGGAAAUGGCUGAAAUGUUUUUUUAUUGUGUCAAUUACGGCAGGCAACUCCUAAGUUACCAUAAUCAGCCAUAGCUUUAACAAAUGUUACCACAGUUAAAAUUGUACUUUCUGUGCAGUAGUAACCAUUUCCCCAUCCUUAAAUUGCAUAUGUUAGGAACAACUACAUUUCAUUGAAGGAAUCAAAAUGAAUCACAUACUACAUUUCCAAAGCGUGUUGAGAAACUUGAGUGAUGUUUUCUUUCCAACCACACAUUAAUGUCGAUGGUUAGCUGAGCUCUAUCCCAGCUGACGUUAGGCUAGAGGCGGGGUACACCCUGGACUGGUCAUUAACCAAUUGCAGGGCACUUAUCAACAAUAAAGACGCAUUACAUGCAUGGUUUUGGAACGUGAGAGGCAGAAACAUGCAAACUCCAGAUGGGGAUGCUGGAGCUGAGAUUAGAACCUCGAAUCUCAGAACUAUUAAACAAAGAACACCAU